GAAAAUAAAUAACAGCACAAAACUUCCAGACUCUCUGAAGAAUAAAAAAAAAUUGAAAACAUGGGUCGUUGUGGAAGACUUGUGAUUAGGAUUUGGAAGAACUAACGACAACAGAAUUUAAAUCAUACUGUCGGCUUCUGCAGACAAAAGUUUGACACUUGACAGUCAAGAUGAACGUGUUCAACAUCAAGGACUCGUACAUAACUCCCAUUAUCCUGAGCUAUGUGGACAAAUACAUCAGGGACAUCCGACUUGAAGACACUCAGGUGUCUCUCUGGAGCGGAGAAGCAGUUUUUCACAACCUUAACCUACGGCUGGACGUCCUGGAACAAGAACUCGCUUCACCUUUUACCUUCGUUAGUGGCCAAAUUCACGAGCUGGCCAUCAGUGUCCCGUGGACGAAGCUGCAGUCUGAGCCCAUAAAAAUUACCAUAAAUACCAUAGAAUGUGUUCUUAAGCUGAAAAACUAUGGCACGGAUAAUCUGGAAACUUCGACAGUGUCAAGCACUGGAUCGAGGGAAGCUCGAAACAAAGCCAAAAAGCAAGAGAUGGAGGCAGCCCCUGGGUAUGUACAAAGUCUUGUCAACAAAAUUGUCAGCAACAUUACCAUUGAGUGCAAUAACGUGAUUCUGAAAUACUUGGAAGAGGACAUGGUGCUAUCUCUCAACGUCCGAUCCCUGCUCUUGCAGUCGGCAAAUGAAUCGUGGCAACCCACUUUUGCAGAAAUGACUCCAGCUCAACUCAUUUUGCGAAAACUUGUCACUUUACAUGACUUGACGGUUUGCCUGGACAGACGGAAUUCCCUGGGCAAAAUUGAAUUUUACGAGGAGCCAUUGCUGUAUCGAUGUUCCCUUGAAAUAAGAAUGAGUAGAACUUACACAAAUAUGGCAGCCAGCCAGGCCAAAGAAAUGAAAAUUGACAUCAAAUGUAACCGAAUGGACUUUUCCAUCUCAGACCAACAAAUGCCAAUGCUUCUUCGGAUUCUUAGGCUAAACCUUGCUUGGUAUUUGGGCGAGUUGAAGGAGCUGAUAAAAGAGAGUGAGCAAAGCGCUACCACAGAUGAAAACAAUGACGAGCUGGUUUUGGCCGAAGAAGGAGGCGAGUCAUGGAUGGGUUGGGCUUGGAGUUUGGUGCCCUCCUUGACGCUGGUGGACGAAGAGUACCCGCCUGAGCCCGAGGACACCGACCACGUACUGAUGUUGGGCUUCUACAUUGACAGCAUGUCCGUCGUAUUCAAACUAGCCGCUAGCUCAUUGGAGCGCUGCUACUACGGCACAAAGAAGGUCAAGUUUACCCCUCUGGUUGGCAUGGAGCUGCAGGGGUGUUUCAUGGAAGGCGCUGUGGUUGGUCUCAAGGCGGUCAAUGUGACCACUGGUGCCAGUCAUAUGGUCUUAAAGCCCAUGGGCGAAGCCUGUUCGUGUGGGGUCGAAGACCUCCAGAGUGUCUUUCUGGCAAUGGGUAGCCCUUGCGAUAACUACGUCACAAAUUCCAUGUUUAGUCGCAGUGAGAAGGAGGAGAGGGAACUUGCUUCUUGGGAAGAGCACCUGACCAAUGUCACCGAGGGUGCUCUCCUUUUCCGAACUCCAGCUUUUGCCAUGGACUACAGAUACUUGCUCGACUUGUCAGAUGGAGUCAGCAACGACUUCGUGCAACAGUUUGAAGGAAACUUGGAACACAGCAACCUUCCAGAAAGGGCUUUGUGCAGAAUUGUUGUUGGUCCAAUGCAGCUGAAUGUGACAUCUGGUCUGAUCCACCGAGUUCAGGAAAUUAUGAAGGCUGCCGGCAACUACAACUACCCACCUUAUGUUGAUCCUCCACCAGAUCCCAUCCUCUCUGGACUGGCUCCCCCAUCAGAAACUGAUGCAUUUGCCUUGGAACAGUACAUCCCAAUCAGGGCCUACCAGCUUACAAUGUUCAAGCCGGUUGUAAACAUCAGCUACCUGGAUCACCCUGAGAAAUCGCGAAGAAGGAGGACCGAGUUCCAGGGCGAGCCACCGUACCUGAGUUUUGAAUGCCAAUGUCUGGACGCAACUCAUGUCAAACCCAUGUACCCUAUCAGGGUGGUGACCACGACCUGCCAGAUUGCAGCUCCCUCAGAGAAUUUGUUCACCAAUUGCCACCGUCACUCCAACAUCAAGCUACUGAGUGUGUCGUGUAACCUUGUCACAAGCAACAACAUUUCCAACUUGCUUCUGCCCUGUCACUUGACCCUCAGUCACAAAUACUUGCUUUAUCCUCACCUCUGGCCCAGGGACGAUUUAUCUUACUCGGACUGGAGUUUUGAUUCUGAUCAUAUAAUUCUCAUUGCUUCGAAGCAGCAUUACCUGACUGCGCAGGAGAUUCUGAUGUUUGGUGAUGGCCCUGUCGAGUCUGAGGACAUUUCACUGCCGUAUUUAGAGGUCAUUCUUCGUGGUCUUUCUCUGCAUAGAGUUCAGUCAGCUCAAGCAAAUACAGACCGACUGCAGAUCAAGUCGUGUCAGAUUUCUACACCCAAUAUCCAGAUUUUUGCACACAAAGAAGAGCCUUUGAUAACGGCAACCUUGCAACAUUCUCACACUGGCAUUCUUCCUAAUGUUGUUGUGCUCAAUGUUGGCAAAUUUGUUGCAAAUUUGGACCAAGACCUUCUCAACUGGAUCACGUUCAAGCAUCCACCAGGACUGAGAAAUGAUAAACGGCUGAAAAAGAAGUCUGUCAAGUCGGGCAGCGUUGGUUCCAAAACCACAACUCAACGGCAAGAAUCUUUUUACAGUUCAGAAUUAUUGUCAUCAAAGUCUUCCUCUGCCGUUUCUGUGACCAUGAAAAACAAGUUUCUUAAAUUUUACAAAGACUGGAACUGCGCUUUCAUUUCAUUGGACGUGUCGCCAGCACUUCUCCACAUUCCAGUCAAGAAAGACCAGUUGAUCUUAACUCUUCCCAGCAUCUCUUUCAAGAGUGCAAACCAGCGCCAAGGCAUCCAUAUUCUUCUCUCCAAGCUUCCGAUUAUUUUUCCAUCCACCGUCUGGCGCAGUGACAAAGACACAUUUCCCUGGAGCUUGAUUGUUUCUAGUCUAAGCUGUGAUACAGUUUGCAACACCAUACAAAAGCCACUCAUCCACUCUGUGUCUGCAAACUGCACCAUUGGAGUGUCCAAACCAGAAAACUCCAUCGGACUUUGCAUCCACAUUGACACUCCCUUGCUGCAAAUUGAUCUCUCCCCAGAACAAGUGGGUGUGUUGAUGAAGGUGCUUCAGUUGAUGGGGCGCAUUUUCAAAAGCAGGGAUGAGCAGGUUGGUGUCAAGGUUGAGCUCCAACCUCCUCAACCACUCCAAACUCCGCCUGCAACAAUCACAGCACCUUCCAUUCACCAACAACCUAUGAGCGUCGGCUCCAUCAGUGAGCCUUCCACUUACAACAUGGAUGGUAAAAUGGAUAAGGACGGUAGCGUCAAAGUCACCGCUUGGGUGCAGUGGACCUUGGCGAGGAUUCUGCUUAAUGUUUAUUCGGCCGAUGGCAAGUUCAAGAUUGCCUGUGAUAUGGAAGACAUGAUGACCUCUUUGGAUCUGCAGCACAUUUACCUGAAAAUCAAGUCCAGAAUCACCUCUGCCAGCAUCCAGCAUUACCAGAAAGACCCAGAGGAGUGGAGAGCAGGUGAGCACCUUGGUCUGAUUGUUCGAUGCAAUGACGACACCCUGAGCUCCUCUAAAAUGGACAAAGCUCAAGCAUCUAAAGGUCUUAUUGAAGUCACCUUCACCAGGGCUCAGAGCAGCAACGUACAUCGUAAAUGGACGCAGCAAGUGGCCAGAUCCACACCAGACGCUGCACCUCCCUGUCCAUCUGGCCCUCGCUAUAUUAGUGAAGUUGACAUCAAGCUUUGCCCUCUGGACGUGAUCCUGUCCGCGUCAGUCUUCCAGAACUUUAUUUCCCUUGUGGAGCCAGUGAUCAAAAGUCCUUCAGGCGCAUUGUCGCUUUCUAGCCCUCAGCCUAUUGGCUACAAGAUAAACAACAACACCCUCCCUUUGGUUUACUUUGACAUCAAGGACCUUCGCCUUUUCCUUCCGAGCAAAAUGAGCAGUCCUCACGACUUCUGCAUUGUCCAGCUAAGCUCCAUCCACCUUGUUCCGCACGUUGAAAAUCCGCUGUCUCGAGUCUACAUUCGACCCGACAUUUACCAAAUGGCGCAACAGGCAAACAUUUUGUCAGUACCUGGAUCACAGGUGGAAGACCGCCAGUACCAGCUGGACAUCAAAAGUCUCUCUGUGGAAACAGGAAUGUGGACCGACUUUGAACGGUUCAUUCAGGUUGAGACAAUAUCAGAACCACUGAGCGAAAACCCAGCUGCCGAGUGGAACAAAGAGAGCUUUCGCAAUUCGGAGCUCUCACUUCUUCCUCUAGUUCAAAAGUUUGACGUCAGUUUUAUGGCGGCUCCGGCCGUAGUGUAUCAAGAGUUGAAGGUCGGUGAGGUUCAACGUGACCUUUUGGUCUGCGGGCACUCAGCGGAAAUCAACGCCACUUCCGACAUCAACCUUAACAUCAGUACAAAUCAAAUUAGUCUGAUCACCAAUCUAGGUUUCGAGUGGCUGACCUUGGUAGGUGCAAUGACAGGCAUGCUUACCAGGUACUCUGAAUCACCUGACCCUGGCAAGAUUUUGGUGCCGUCGGACAGUGGCAUCGAAGACCAAUCCAGUGUUUGCUCGCCGCCUAUUAGAAAAAUAAGCAAAGAGAAAAAUCCUGACUUGGUUCCCCUGGAGCUUCUGGUCACUGCCAAAAGCAUAAAACUGGUGCUCUACAAAAAUCAAGUUGAAGAAAAGGUAGAGCCUUUGCUGCACAUGCUCUUUUCCCAACCGCACCUUGUUCUUGCUCUGCACAGUCUCAAGCAGAGAAUCGAGAUUUCCUGCUUCGACUUGGCGCUGCGAACGAGCAAUUCAAUUUCUCAGCAGAAUCAACCGCCCGGUCUUGAGAACUUUGGCAUUCCUCUUUUGCAGACCAAGGGUGGCGAUCCGCAUCCCAAAACUGGCGUCCCUCCCUCUGUGCUCACUCUAACCUGGAAUAACUUUCUGGCCAGCACCGGAGGAAAAUUAAAAAUUGACAUCGGCAGGCCCAUUCACGUACAAAUUGGACAGCACGCGUGGCAGCUGUACCAGAAACUUAGUAAACUUCUGCCUCAGAGUACCAAAGAGACGCGUAACACACUCCCCAGAAGAGUUCCUAUUGACUUUUUGCAACACAAAAUCGACCUGUCUACCUCACAAUUGGUGCUAACUUUGAAACUAGGCAACCACAAGGAACUAAUCGCCAGCCUGGCAAGUAUUUCGGGUGAGGUGCAGCCUAAAAUUUCGCUCCUGAGAGGAACGGGCUCUGUCAAAGCGCACCUGGACGUUUCAACAUUUUUAAUCAAGGCAGCGAAUGGCAACCGGCAAAACACUCUUGUCAACCCGUGGAGUUUAGCGUGUGACGCCCUUUUGACCUGGGAUUCCUGGUUUAUCAACCUCAACACUCCACGGUCGCAGCUCUUCUUCGACUGCGAUUGCUUGAUUGUGGACAUUGGCCAGGACCAGCUGGAGUGCCUGCGUAGCCUGACCAAAAUCUGCGAGCAGCUGAAAGAGGCGCCUCCACCCGUUGAGGCUACUCAACACAGAGUUUUUGAGGAAACUGUCGUUGAGGAGCACUACAGUGACGACAUUCGAGCUGGAGCCUUUCAGUUUUUGGACGCAAAGGGCUCGGAAGUGCCUCAGCCGUACCAAAUUCUUUUUGCAACUAAGCCUGCUUCCAUGACUUGGCGCUAUCCGCAUCCAAGAGCGCUUACCAAAGUUCACAUCUAUCCUGUACCUUUUGAGGACGACAUUGAAGAGAUUCCGUGUCAGCUUCAGUUUUUGAGUGACAGCGAAGAUUGCUUCAAAACACUCCUGUUCUUCCGCCUGUCCAGUUCACACUUCCAUAAACUAGACCUGCCGUUCCCCAAAGACAAACAGCACUCGACUGCAGCGUCCGUAUGGCGGGUUCUGCUCGAGCCAUCUUCUCCAUGCCUUUCUCCACGCGCUUUUGCAGCCUGUCUGAAAGUAGACUCUUACUUUAACCCUGCCAUCGUUCCGCAGUCGCAAUGUCUGAUCAAACUCUCCACUUUACGGCUAAAUUUAGUCACUCAAAACUCAAAAUUCGAGCUUUCGCAGCCGUAUUCUCAAUUCGUAGCAGACGGAACCACCCCUGAUCAACUCCCUUUGGCCACAUUUGUCCUCAAUGAUAGCUCCGUCAGUUUGAUGCAAUGGCCUAAGGACAUCAAAGUCGAGUUUGAGACCAGAGCUCACUUUGAAGUUGUAGACCUGGCCACCCUGACUUCUAUGUACGUUAUUGACCCGUUUGUGGCUGAAGGUCGAAUAUUCAAAACGUCUAAAGAGGAACAUUCGCUCACCGAAGUUUCUCUUCUAUUUCACCCUAUUUUGGUGAAAUUUGGACCUGCUGCUGGACACACUCUAAUGACUGCAGCCCAAUUGUGGAAGGAUUCUAACAAAGUUACUCGAAUAAUUCCUGCUAGAAUUUUGGUGUGCAACGACGCUGCUAGGAUCAUUAUUUUCAAACAGGCUGACACUUCAGAGGAAAUAAUACUUGGCAGCCGUCAGUGCAACUUUUACGCUUGGAAGUCUGCCGCCAAGAAACACCAGUUGCAGACAAAAAUGGCUUUGAGCCAAGAUGCCUGGAGUGCCUCGUCAACAGUGGACAACAAGGAACGGGUCGAGUUCAUCAGAGAUACCAAACUUGUAAUGAGAACAGUGCCGCUCUCUGCUACUCAAACUGCCGUCAUUUACAUGGGUCAGUUGAUGCUCAGCAACACACUGAGAGAAAAUUUAGAAGUGCAAGUCAAAGGCGCAACUGAGAGCAACGGUGAAAUUUUCACUCUCAACAGCAACUCGACUUGUGCCUCCGUCGUGAUUGAGGAGGAGAAGGAAAUUGUCUUGAAAGUACGAUUCCAAUCACUGGCUAGCACAUGGUCUGGUGACAUCCCCCUCAGGGUGAAUAAAAAUACAAGCAUGCCCUGGUUGGCCAAAGUGCCUCUGCAGGACAAAGGGCAGUUCCUCAGUAUCUGGUGUCGCAUAUUUGUGCAGCAGUGUGAUGGGUACAAAAGGUACCUGGCAGUAUUUUCUCCUUUGUACAGUGUCAGGUCUUUGCUGCCAACGCCUAUCCUUCUGAGCAUCAACACACCUGGCCUGCAAGUGGAGAUGUCUAUGAAAAUCGAGGGCCGCGGAAGCUUGCAUGAGCUUUAUUGUCCAGGGACCGUGGAGCACAGCCACAAAGCAACGAUUCUACCGUUGAGCUCCACCGUUGAUGAGGCAACGGCUGUUCCCCUUUCAUACGGGAUGACGCAAAUUCCAGCAGAUGUUCCUCUUGAGGGUGAAGAAGUGGACAUUGACAAGAUUUGCUCAAACAUUCACAAAUUGUCUGAACGCCGCUGGCCGUUUGUGUCAGAGGACAUUGAUUUCAUUGAGUGCACGCAACCACCGGCCAAAGUCAAAGUCAGCUACGAGUUGGAGGCUCCUCAUUACACAACGUUGGUAUUGCAGCUGCGUCCGUGGGCAUUGUUUGUCAAUUGCCUACCUUUGGACACACUUGGAGUUGUUUGCCAGGAUUGGAAUAAUUCUUGCGUUCUUCCGCCAGGGAGUGUAAUUGUACCCCCAAUGAUUGAGGGAACAUUUCAAAUCUGCAAUGAGCUAUCAGCGACUCCCGCUCUGCAGCUAGCCAAUGAGGAGUGGAACUCGAAUUUCUACAUGCCCAGAAUAUCUGGAGUGGUUCCUCGAGAGGGCAGCAUUAAUACCACAAUCAAUCUAGCAGACAAUAAGAUGUUUUUAUUAACUCUCACUUCUGAGGUUAUCAAAGAGGAAAAUAAUCUGAGGGCUCUUAGCAUUCACCCUACGGUGCUCAUCAGCAGCUCCAGUGAAGUCGUUGAAAAAUCUAUCAAACUGAAAGUGAUGCCAGUCGUCCUCCCUUCCAAAGCAAAAUCACUGAAACUUCCCUCUACUAAAUCCUCUCUCCUAAUCGAUGCUUCCGCCACAAAACCAACUGCAAUCACUCAAUGGCACCAACUAGCAACGGCUCUUCCGUCCAGCGACCUUCUUUACUACAUUCUGAUUGCAGACAGCAGUCAAACAAGCGGCUGGACGUGUCCACUUGCUAUUCCGAUGCCAGGGGCAAUAGAGGGUUGUGCCAGUCGUCACAGUUUUUCCAUAGGCACUCAUUCAAUGGUGCUCACCACCCACUUUCGGAAUAGACAGGUCUUUGCUGCCAUCAGCGUGGAACGAGAGCCGCAACUUAUCAUUCACAACAGCUGCCAAUUCCCUCUUAUCUUUGGCCAAGCCAACAUAGACAAAGGUAAGCGCAGUUUUUCCACUAUGGAGGAAUGUGAGAACAUUUUGUGGAGAAAUGACCUGGCAGCAGGAGCAAGCCGCUCGUACAUGAUGCCCACCCUUCAGCAGAGCUUUCCUGAGUUGCAAGCGAAGCCGUCCGUUUUGGCACUUCUGAUUGCCUUAGGAACCAAUCAAGUUUUUUCCUUCCUGGGUGACAUUGCUUGGUCUGAACCGAUAACUGUGAGUUGUUGCGGCCACGCCGAGCAGUUUGUCCGACUGCCUGGACAUGGAGACGUCCGAGUUCGCUCCCAUUCCAUCAGUGGAGGAACAACAUAUCUCUACAUAGAAUGUGUGAGCCGCAUAGAAAUUUCUGCAAAGGAGAUCAGAGCUAGGCUCCAACCGAAUCCAGACUCGAGUGUUCAAAUUUUGGAGCACGAUGACAAAAGAUGCUUGGAAGCUGAUCUAAAAAUAAUUCCUGAGUGGCAGUCCAAUUCUCCUAAAUCACACCUGCUUUUAACUUGCUAUGCGAGGAGUGUUAAGGCCAAUUUGACGAGUGACAACAGCAAAUACUCUGUUGAGCUCUUAGCAUUGACUCUUGACAAUAUUUUUGUUAAGAUCUGUCCAAUGAGUGGCGCAAGCAGGGAGCUCAAAGUGGCCAUUGGCGACAUCCAACUUGACAAUCAGAAGUUCUUCCAGGGUGGUUUCGACUUUCCGGUGAUUUUCAAAGGGCAAAAUGGCCUAGCCGAAGAUAUCAUUCCAAUGAGGAUGUCGGAGCUAAAAUCUGCGUCAGAUCGCCUCUCAGAGAGUUCACUUUUAAAUUUCAUCGUGGUACAGGAAACCUGGAUCUUCACAACAAUGAAGUCCCUCAACAUUUCUUUGAAGCCAGUCAAUCUGUUUGUGGAGGACACGAUGAUUAUGGAGAUGAGCAAAUUAGCAGAAAUUUUGAAUGUCACCAAAAUAAUGUUUGUACCAAACGGCCUUGCUCAGGAGAAAACGCAUUUGCCCAUAGACGUUGUUUGGGAAGUCCAGCAGGCUGCCAACCCUUUACAGAUUCAUCGUUUUUCUCUGGAGCCAGUGUCUUUGGUGGUCAGCGUUCACACUUCAUUGAAAGUGUUUAUAGCAUUGGACAGGUCCCCAUUAAAUUUUUCUGCCUUUGAAAGACACAGGAUUUGCACCACAAAUUACCACCUGGGUCACGAACUUACCCGACACUAUCUCUCGGGAGCACUCUUCAAAGCAGGUUGGAUGGUUGGUUCCCUGGAAAUUCUAGGCAGCCCAGGAGCUUUUGUCUUGACUGUUGGAUCUGGCAUCAGAGAUUUUGUUUGCCUUCCGUUUACAGGGAUUUUGCAAGGCCCUUGGGGCUUUGUUAACGGAGUCACACACGGUUCUGCCUCUCUGAUGAAACAUCUAACUGCAGGGACGCUCUCAUCAAUUACAAAUCUCGCAUCGAGUAUGGCAAGGAAUCUGGACAGAUGUUCCUUUGACCAGGAGCACGUUGAACGAGCUGAAGAGGCGCGAAGGCAAAGAUCGCCGCAGGGCAUUGGCCAGGGAGUUAUUCAGGGUCUGAGCAGCCUGGGCAUCAGUUUACUUGGCGCCAUCAGUGGAAUUGCUCAUCACCCUCUGCAAGCCAUCAUGCACCAAAACUCUUCCCCUCUGUCUGGUCUAGUGACUGGAGUUGGCCUCGGAUUAGUUGGAGUUAUCACAAAGCCGUUGAGUGGUGCUGCAGAAUUUGUCGCUCUUACUGGUCAAGGACUUUUGCAUGGUGCAGGUUGGAGCAGUUUGCCAAUGGCAAAGGGUGAAGCUUCAAUCGAAAGCAGUUCAAAUAGAAUGGCAGCACAACUGCAGCACACCUGGAAGUCAAGUUCGUUGGACGACCCGAUCGUGAUGGCCAUCGACGCAACUCUGGAGCAGGACGGUGCCCUGGAGGCUGUAGUUUUGAUGCUCUCAACACAAUACUUCAUGGUCGUUGUUCAAGAAACUGAGCAAAUUAAAAACCUCAUCCCUGUCACCGACCUGAAGCCAAAGAUGGACGAAAAGGAUCCAACCCUUCUUUCCGUAGCAAUCGAGCAGCUCAGUUCAAAUGCUGAGAGCCAUAUGACUGCAUGUUCUUGGAAGGUUGAAGAUUAUCCUCAAGCUCGAGUUGAAGACUUCGUUCGGCAUUCAAGCAUGACCUACAUUCCAGAAUCAACCACGAAUAUUGAUGGAAAUUCCACGCCCUACUCGUCAUUUGAAUCAGAAAACUCAGAAAAUUUGACAAAACCUCUUAACUUUUUUAUCAAUCCACAGCUGCGAAAAUAUUUCCACAGUGUUCUCGUUCUGGCUCAGAGACAAGCGCAGAACAGAGGCUUUGCAGUUUUGUGACACAAGUUGGACUCUUGUGAUUGUUUAGCUUGUCUAUGUGAUCUGUGAUUACUGCUUGUUUUCUUAUCUAUUCACAUUCACAAUUUUGCACUUUGGAGAGUGUGUUUUUUGCUCACAAAUCUCACAAUAUACUUUUUUUAAUUAAGAAGACUGUUAAUUGAAAAUUUGAAACCAAUAAAGGUGCUGAAGAAUCAAAUUAAUUGUA